GUAGAGACGUUAAACGAGUAGCAACACACAGCGGACUAAGUGAAGCAGAAAACGCAAAAAGGUGUUGAAAAGAAAAGUCAAAAAAUUUGUGAAUUAAGUCUAAAAAAAAACGAAUUUCAAAAUGAUUACCAUGAAUGAGUUGGUGGAUCUAAGAAUGCAACAGCAAAUUGCCCAAGAGAUUAUCUAUCGCCAGCAGAUUAUGCAACGCAUACCUGAUCCAUUUGCCGCCGCCGCCGCUAUGAUGCCCUCCAUGCAUUUGCCCCCACACAUGUUGAUGCCCUCGCAUCCCCCUUUGCCGGGGGUGGAGGCCAAAUUGGAGAACAAUGAAUUGUGGCAACAAUUUCAUAAAAUUGGCACUGAAAUGAUUAUAACCAAGACAGGAAGACGCAUGUUCCCUUCCAUGCGAGUAUCUCUUAAAGGCCUUGAGGAAGAGUCCCAGUAUUGUGUGCUCAUUGAAAUGGUACCUAUUGGAGAUUGUCGUUACAAAUUCUCUGGCUCCCAAUGGGUGCCUGCGGGUGGUGCUGAACCUCAAUCGCCCCAAAGAAUGUAUUUGCAUCCCGAUAGCCCUGCCACUGGCUCCCAUUGGCAGGCCCAGCCCAUACUCUUCAAUAAGGUUAAGCUGACCAACAACACUUUGGAUAGUAAUGGCCAUGUUGUCUUGGCCAGCAUGCAUAAAUAUCAGCCGCGUAUUCAUGUAAUACGCACCAAUGAUUUAUCGCAAAUACCCUGGGCCCCGCAACAGGCCUUUGUAUUUCCCGAGACGGAAUUUGUAGCUGUUACAGCCUAUCAGAAUGAUCGCAUUACCAAAUUGAAAAUCGACAAUAACCCCUUUGCCAAAGGUUUUCGUGAGACUGGCCAAUCCAAAUGUAAAAGGAAAAUGUCUCUCUCACCUGCCCUCUCGGAUGAUCAGAAUGCCAAUAACUGCUCCCAUACCGAUGAUGAUCAAUCGAGUAUCGCCAGCAGUCAGGAUUCACCACCACAGGCAAAGCGUUUCUGCAGCAGGGAGGAACAAGCUAUGCCCUACGUUGAUUUAAGUGGAGCCAUGCGUUAUGCCAUGCAGCAGCAGCAGCAUCAUCAACAGACAUCAGUUUUGAUGAAUGAUUUUGCGCCGGCAUUUUUCUCUCAAAUGCCUGCAAUGCCGUCGGUAAUGCCUCCCCUGUAUAUGCCCCACACUGCAAAUUAUAUGGAUUCCCAAACUAUGAAUUCCCAUCGUCGCUUGCCCUUAAGUUAUCAUGCCAUUGAAACUCCCACUUCGGAAUGUGACUACAACUCGGCCAAUGAGGAUUGUGCCAGUCAAACUUCCCAGGGAAAUGAGGAACAACAUCCCGAACUAUUUGUAGAUGUGGUGAGUACAUCAUCGGAAGAUUAUCAAAUUGCCACACCACCUUCAAAAACACCAGUCAGCGCCACCACACCAACUGCCAAGAGAUCAAACUCUUCAGAAUCUCUGAUAUCCUGUGAAUUGCCCAUUAAACGCUCAAGCUUCAGUAUUUCUUCUAUACUUGGCAGUAAUACCAGAAAUGCGGUAUCGGUUUAAUAAUAAAAAAAAAGGAAAAAACGGAGUUAUCCAAAAUGUAAACAACAAACAGGUGAUAGGUUGGAGCCACAUCCAUUAAAGCCAGCUCAUAUAGCCAUACAAAAUUAUUUAAUAUAAAAAAAUGUAUAUAAUGCUCUUAUAUAAACUUGAA